CAGUUGGAUGGUGCAGUGGUGCAGUUGUGUUGAUUCAAAGAGAGAACGCAAAGGCACAGAUAGAUAGGAGAAAGGACACAGACAAGCCUUUAUAUAUUAACCAAACAAGACCCUCAAGCUAAAAAAUCCGUAAGAGAAACAUGUUUAAGAUCGAAUUGUAAGUGCUCCUCUCAAGAUUGAAGACUUCAUGAGUGGGUUGAGGGUCUUGAAGAGGAAAGGGAGGGAAAAUAUUGAUCAAACCCAGAAGAAAGAAGCUGCAGUAGUGUUUGAUUCUUGCAAAAGUAGUGGAGCAAUCCAGAAGAUGAAGAAAGAUGACGAGAGUCAAAGCAAAGGUAAGAAAACGUGUGAUUUAGUGUCGUUUUGGGAGCUGCCAGAGUACAUGAAGGACAAUGAGUUCAUCUUGAGUUACUACAGAGCAGAAUGGCCUCUCAAAAAAGCUCUCUUCAGCGUUUUUCGUUGGCAUAAUGAAACUCUCAAUGUCUGGACGCAUCUUCUUGGUUUCUUCUUGUUUGUGGGGUUGACUGUGGCAAAUUUAAUGCAAGUGCCUCAGGUUGCUGAUCUGCUCGGCUUGUUUACCUGGUCAAUUUUUACUAGUGCACAAAGAAAUGUUUCUAAUGAUUCAAAGGAUUUCUACUUGGGGACAACAGAACUGCUUGAUCUGGGCCACAAUUUACCGAUGAAAACAGAUGUUUCAUCGUUAGGAAUGCCAGCAACCCGGUGGCCAUUCUAUGUAUUCUUAGGUGGCUCUAUGUUCUGCCUCCUCUCAAGUAGCAUUUGCCACCUCUUUUCUUGCCAUUCACACAGCUUGAACAUUCUGUUGCUGCGAAUAGACUAUGUCGGCAUUGUUAUGAUGAUCAUCACCUCUUUUUUUCCUCCAAUGUAUUAUAUCUUCCAAUGUGAACCACAUUGGCAAUUUAUCUACCUUGGUGGUAUCACAGUAAUGGGAAUGUUCACUAUCGUGACGCUACUUUCUCCACCGCUAUCAACCGGAAAAUUUCGUGCUUUUAGAGCCAUGCUGUUCGCUUCCAUGGGAUUAUUCGGCCUUAUCCCUGCAGUCCAUUCUGUAAUUGCCAAUUGGGGUAAUCCCAAGCGUGAUACUAUUGUAGCUUAUGAGUCUGCCAUGGCUAUAUUUUACUUGACUGGAGCCGGGUUGUAUGUAAGUAGGUUUCCAGAGAGGUUGAAGCCUGGACUGUUCGACCUAACAGGACACAGUCAUCAGAUUUUUCAUGUUUUUGUGGUAUUGGGAGCAUUGGCUCAUUAUGGUGCCACACUUUUAUUCUUGGAGUAUCGUGAUCUUGUGGGAUGUGAAGUAAACCUAUAAUAUGUAUGAAUCAAGAUUAAUGUGUAUGUUGAAUGUUUUGGAAUUGUAAUUUCCUCUGAUCAAUCCAAUCUCAUGAACUGCUUUACCA